AGGAAGGACCCAACGCUGCCAUUCAAGCCAUAUUUUCUGCUUGUCGGUGUGGUGCCGGUCCUGGCAUCAUGGGUAUAUUAGUGUUAAGGUGUAAAUAUAUGUCGUGGCCGCUGUUUGUUUUGGAGUAGUAAGGCUCGCCUGUUUGUGGUGAUCUGGCCUGCCGUCCUGAGCGCUGUCUGCAGCGGUAGUGUAGAUGCCUUGGCUGAGAUGAGUGUGAAGGCUUUUGAGCUAGUCCCCGCUGUGGAGCGAGAUCUCCUCAUGGGCGACAAAGCUCGCAUCAAUAUCGAGUGCAUUGAAUGCUGUGGAAAGCACUUGUAUGUGGGCACCAAUGACUGCUUCAUCCACCACUUUCUGCUGGAUGAGGUCACUUCUUCCAAAGGGAAACUGAGUUACUCGGCUCAGAAGCUGCUGCACAAAUACCUGGGCCUCAAGAAACCAGUUGCUGAGCUGCGGGCUGCUUCUGCUUUGGAGCGUCUUAUAGUUCUUUGUGAUGGAAUAGUGUUCCUCGUCGACAUGGUGACAUUGGAGACUGUGCCCUCGGCGGCAGGAGGUGGAGCCAAGAUCAGAGGUGUGACUGCGUUCUGCAUUAAUGAGAACCCGGUGAAUGGUGAUCCAUUCUGUGUGGAAAUGGGUGUACUGUCCUCUAAGCGGCGGACAGUGCAGAUUUACAUGGUGUAUGAGGACAGAGUCCAGCUGGUCAAAGAGGUGGCCACUCCCGAGCAGCCCUGUGCCGUCAGUCUUGAUGGUUACUUUUUGUGCCUGGCCCUUGCUACACAAUACAUGAUCCUGAACUACAACACCGGAGCCUCCCAAGACCUCUUCCCUUACAACAGUGAAGAGAGGAGACCCAUUGUGAAGAGGAUUGGCAGGGAGGAGUUCCUCUUAGCAGCACCUGGUGGUCUGGGAAUGUUUGCCAAUGCAGAAGGGGUUUCUCAGCGGGCUCCUGUCAACUGGUCAGAGAGCGUGAUUGGUGCUGCUGUGUGUUUUCCAUACGUGGUGGCCUUGGAUGAGAGCUUCAUCACCAUCCACAGCAUGUUGGACCAACAUCUAAAACAGACCCUUUCAUUCAGGGAUGGACACAUUCUGCAAGACUUUGAAGGGAAGGUCAUUCUGGCUUCCACUAAGGCAGUAUAUGUUUUGGUACCCCUGCCGCUGGAGAGACAGAUCCAAGACUUACUGGUCAGUCACAGAGUAGAGGAGGCGCUCACCCUCAUGGAGGGAGCACAGAGAAAUAUUCCCAAAGACAAGUUCCAGAUUUUGCACAAAAGAAUUCUCCAGCAGGCAGGCUUCAUACAAUUCGGCCAACUUCAGUUUCUAGAAGCAAAAGAACACUUCAGGAAGGGUCAGCUGGAUGUGCGGGAGCUGAUAUCUCUCUACCCACUGCUGCUGCCAGCUUCCUCUUCAUUCACACGCUGCCACCCUCCUCUCCACGAGUUUGCAGAUCUCAACCACUUAGCACAGGGAGACCAGGAAAAAGUGCUGCGAUGCAAGAAAUUUCUUAUCACUUAUUUGGGAGAGGUACGAAGCACAGAGGUUGCAAAUGGCUGUAGAGAGGACGUGGACACAGCACUGUUAAAGCUUUAUGCUGAGCAGGAUCAUGAGAGCCUUCUAGACCUGCUAGCCUCAGACAAUGCCUGCCUACUAUCAGACAGCGUCCCAUGGCUAGAAAAAUAUCACAAAUAUUUUGCACUUGGGCUGCUCUAUCAUUAUAAUGGUCAGGAUUCAGCAGCACUUCAGUUGUGGAUUCGUGUGGUAGACGGGGAUCUGCAGGACUCCACAAGAUCUGACCUUUUUGAGUACAUUGUCGACUUUCUCUGUUCCUGCUCCAAUCUGGAUCUUGUAUGGAAGUAUGCAGACUGGGCCUUGCGAAAGAGUCCUUCUAUAGGUGUCCACAUCUUUACUAAGAGGUCUGUCAGUAAGGAUCACACACAGUUGAAGCCUGACGAUGUCAUCACUUACCUGGGAAAGCAUGGCCAGGCGCUGCUUCUCUACUUGGAACACCUGGUGCUGGAGAGAAAGAUACAGAAAGAGAAGUUCCACACACACCUGGCUGUGUUGUACCUGGAGAGGGUCUUGUCACUGCUGUCACAGUCGCCAACAGAUGAAGAUCAGCUAACCAGAGCUAGAGAGAGGCUCCAAGCCCUGCUCAGGGAGUCCAAUCUAUACCGUGUACAGUUUCUCUUAGGUAAGAUGGAGAACUGUGAGCAACUGCUGCUAGAGCGUGCAACACUACAUGGAAAACUGGAGGAGCAUGAUAAAGCGCUUCACAUAUUGGUGCACAAGCUCAGAGACUUCCCAUCUGCUGAGGCCUUCUGUAUAUGGGCCUCGUCUUGUCGGGAUUCUGCCUACCAACAGCAGUUGUUUCACCUGCUAUUGGGAGUUUAUCUUGAUGGGAGCCUUCCUGGAAAGUCCCAGACAGCAUCAGGAGGUAGUGGUGGAGACCUGGAGAUGGCAGCAGUGGACCUCCUAAAUCGGCAUGGCGAGGUGUUUGACGCAGUCCGUGUCCUUCGCAUGCUCCCUGAGAACUGGUCACUCCAGCUGCUGCGGCCCUUUCUGGGUCGAGCUGUCAGGGCCAGCAUGCAUGCCUGCCGCACUUCCCAGAUUGCUCUUGGGCUAGCCCACUCUGAAAACCUUCAACUGUUACAUGACAGGUUAAAAGAGCGCAAGAAACCCAUCCUUGUGUCUGAAAAGAAGGGAUGCCACCUUUGCCACAACACUUUCAGCGAGCCAGAUGUGGUGUGUCUGCCAGGUGGAGUGCCUGUCCACACUCACUGCGUCGCCCAGAGAGUAAGAGACUCUCCCACAAAGAGACUGUUAGCUAAUAGCACUAACCAUACGUGAGAGUUGACCCUUCAAACUGUCAUGUGAUCUGUGAUCAGCGGCACCAAACUAAAGCAGGACGUACUGAGAUUUUGGAUGGCUGAGAACUGAGGGGAUGGAAAAAAAAAAACAAAAGCACAGAACACACUUUGCUAUAGUAGAAUCUGCUAUGGCGUUAAUGAAAAAACACAAAGCUGUGUGAGUGUGUAUGAGUAUGAGGGAGAAACAGAUGAUUUCAUCUAUUUAUUCCUGUGCCGCAAUUAUGCCACACUUUCACACUGCAAGUUUUUAUAGAAAUGAAAAACAACAGCUAAGACACCCUGCCCUUUAAUCCAUUUAAACUGAGAAUUUAAGACAGGCUCCUGUCCUUAUCCAUGGGUUCAGUACUGUGCCUGUCCUUGUCUUCGCUCGUACAGUUUUAAACCUGAAUUUGAGAAAAUGCUUGAACUACAAUUCUGUUGCAAAUAUUUCCGAAGCAUGAAUAGUAUUACCACUCUUUCUGGUCUAAUCAACUCAUGUGCGUAAUGUAUUAAUAUUGUCCUAACUUGCUCAUUGCAAUGUUAGGUUUUUAAUUUGAAAGACUCAUCAGUACUGAUGGAAAAAGUCUUUUAUGUAUGUCUCUUACUCUCUGAGAUCUGGUCUCUCUGCUGCUUUAUUUUCACCUCAGCCACGAGGGCAGUGGAUGUUACAGUCAUAGUAUUUCAGGUAUGGCUUACCAGCAGAAGUUUGAUCCACAAAUAGAAUUUGAAUGUCCUGUUAUUGAGGUUAUGGUGAUGUGGAGCAACAACAGUGCAAAACACUACAUGAAAUCUUAAAUAGCUCCAUUAUUCAUCCACUCUGCUCAAUACCCAAACUGCAACAAAGAUCAGUCAGAUCGACCUUCUAAAACUUGCUCAAAUCAAAUAAUCUUGUAUGUCAGUAUACACAUAUGAACAUGACAGCAAAAUGCUGUGACUCAGUUAUAGGUGACAGAUAUGUAAAGUGAAAUCACAUAAUGUGAGGUUGUGUCUCAUUUUGAGUAAGUAAUUAAAUGAAUCGAGAGGGAUCUUCACUGCCCGCCUGCCAUCAUGGAUCCAUCCCGUUUGGUUGGUUGGAAUACACACAGUGAUUUAGAUAAAGUUAAAUUAAUCGUGCUUCUGUCAACACAAAACAAAUGUCAGUCCCAGUCAAAAUGUGCUGGUGGAAAAAACUUAAAUCUUAUUUUGGCGAGACUUGUGAGGAUUUUUCAUUCUGAAAUUAAAUUUUGCUCAAGACUUCAGAUGGGGAAAGGAGACAAUUAAAGAGGUGAAUAACAAAUGUCACUUUUCACAAGAAUAAUAUGAGAUAAUUAUAAUUUAUCUCUGUUAUUACUGUCCGUGAGUAAUUCAGUUAUCUUUUCAGAGCUUACAUGUUAUGAAUUUUUGUUGAAAACAUCAAAAAACUAUAUUUGACCACCAGAUGGCAGCAUUAUGGAAAUUAUACUAUGGCAUUCUUUACUAUAAUUCCACUCAAUGCCCUGAAUAUGCCUUUUUAAUAAUGGGAAAAAUGAUAUUAUGCUGUUUGGAACAAUUCCUCAAAACCUGUUCCAUUUUAUUCGUUCUCUUCCACAAUCCAUCAACACAUACCCUGGUGUUGAUUUAAAGGAAAUACUUUGACAGUCUUUAGAACUGUACUAUUAAAACUAACAAAAGAAAUGAAUGAAUGUCAAAGAAAAUUGUUGUCUCAUAAUGCAUGAUUUUGCACCGCACAUAACCCCUGAACCUUUUAUUAAUGUUUGGAAAUUGUGAGAAGACAAAACCUUUAUCGUCUAUGACUUUGAUGGCCCAAGAACAAGCAGCUUGAUACAUCUCAGCUUUCAUAACUGUCUCCCCCACAGUGCUGGAGUUAUGGCUUUAACCUUUUAAUCCUGACACUUCUUGCAGAAACGGAAGUCAGCCCUCUUCUAUCAUAAUGAAUUCUUUACAGACUUGUCAUCACAGAGCACUGCUUUGUCCUUUUAGUGCUUUCCAAAUGUUGUGUAUGUGUCAGAUAACAAUAAAAUGCAGCUUGGGCCUCAUAAAUGUUUCUCCCAAACAGACAUAAUUAAUGGUGGGUGCAUAAUGUGUUUGUGUAGCUAAGUUGUGUGAACAGUCAAAAUCAGGGGCAUAUUCCUAAAUGUCCGCUGGAGGUGAUGCUUUGCUAAAAAAACAAACAAAAAAAAAAUGUCUGUCAAACUAUUUUGCUUUGAAAACUGUUAUCCAAGGUGGCAAAAGAGGCAUGAAUUUCAUGACGGAGGAAUGAGAGAAAACCCUGAACAUGGUUAUAUAAAGCUGCUGUACAUGGAAUACACUCUUAAAUCAGUGUAGCUCCAUGUUUUCCUUGUAAUAUGUAACACGUCUUUCAUCCUAGAAAUGUGCCACAGUCUGUCUCACUGAAGAUGUCCAUCCAGAUUUACAGUUAAAAAAAAAAAAAAAAGAAC